AUGGCGCGAUCCCAAACUAAAUCUCUUCCCGUCAUCCCUCUCGCUCGCGGCACGAUCCUCUUGCCGGGCGUCACUCAGCGCAUUUCCGUCACGGCCGCCCGCCCCGAUAUCCCCGCCCUUCUAGCGAACGUUUACACCCGCGCAGCAUCUGCCGCGCCUAAUGAACGCAUCGACGCCGUCCCCAUUGCCUGCGUUCCCGUUUCCUCUCCGUUCGUCGGCACCAAUGGCCAGCUUCUCAUUCAGGAUGCCGACCAGGUAGACGAGACCCUCAUUAAGGACGUCGAUCCGGGCACAGCUCGCAAAUCCGACCUUUUCAACUAUGGUGUCGCCGCCCGCAUCACCGGCAUCGAGGGAAGGGGAACCGCUGAAUUCGCACUGCGAGUGGAGGGAGUCGCAAGAAUCCGCGUGGAAAAGGUUACACAAGAAAGGCCGCAUUUUGAGGCCGACGUCAAGUAUUUCCACGAUGAAAUAUCAACAGAUGCCCAGAUGCAGGAACUUUUCUCCCUUCUCAAACUUCGAUCACGAGAACUCGUUACGAUCCUCCGCAUAUCCGCCCUGCUCCCCAGAAGCCCAGACAGCCCCGGCGGCCUGUCUCCUCUCUUGACCAGAAGACUCGAAAUGUUCAUCAACAAGAAGGAGUUAAAGGACGCUGGAAAUCUAGCCGAUUUCAUGGCCAACAUCGUUGAGGCCUCGUACGAGGAGAAGCUGGAAGUUCUGGCAGCACUUGACGUCAAGGUCCGCUUGGCCAAGGUCAUCGAGCUGUUGGACCGUCAGGUUGGGGGCAUUAAGAACAACUUCAAAAUCACGACGUUCACCAGCGUGCCUGUGCAAUUUCUAGAUAAGAUCAACGACAGAUCAUCACGCCGAGUCGGUCCCAAUGGCGUCACGCUGCCGCCCAACACCAUGUUCCCACCCGGUCCUAACGGCGUCAUGGGCCCCAACCAGGAUGAGGAUCAGGAACCCAACGAGUUGGAGGAGCUCAAGAAGAAACUGGAUAAGGCUCAAUUGCCCCCCGAGGCUGCUAAGAUGGCUGACCGGGAAUUGAGGAGGCUGAAGAAGAUGAUGCCUGGAAACCAGGAAUACCAAGUCACGCGCACAUGGCUUGACGUCCUUGCCGAGAUUCCUUGGACUGUGACCACGGAUGACAGGCUGGGACCUGACACAUUGGCGAGAGCCCGCAAGCAACUUGACGAAGACCAUUACGGCCUGGACAAGGUCAAGAAGCGACUUGUCGAGUAUCUGGCUGUUCUCAGGCUGAAGCAAUCAAUUAAUGACGACGUUGAGGAGCAAAUCAAGAAGGCAGAGCAAGAGGCUGUUCCGCCAAAGUCCGAUAAGGACAAUGACAGCGAGCCAAAGGAGGAGAAGGCUGAUGCAGAGCGGGAAGAGAGGGCGAAGCUGGCCAGCACGAAGCUUGAGGUUCUCCGGUCGAAGCGAAUGGUGGACAGAUCACCAAUCAUGCUCUUGGCCGGUCCGCCUGGAGUGGGUAAAACUAGUUUGGCCAGAUCUGUAGCAACAGCACUGGGUAGGAAGUUCCAUCGAAUCUCGCUAGGUGGCGUUAGAGAUGAAGCUGAGAUCCGUGGUCAUCGACGGACGUAUGUGGCGGCUAUGCCAGGACUGAUUGUCCAGGGGUUGAGGAAGGUCGGGGUAGCGAACCCUGUGUUUCUGUUGGAUGAGAUUGACAAGUUGGGCAUGUCCAACUUCCAUGGUGAUCCGUCCGCAGCCAUGCUGGAGGUUCUUGACCCUGAGCAGAACAACUCGUUCACCGAUCACUACGUCGGCCUGCCCAUUGAUCUGAGCAAGGUCUUGUUCAUUGCCACCGCUAAUGAUUUGAACACCAUUCCAGCGCCUCUCCUGGACCGAAUGGAAACCAUCUAUCUGCCAGGCUACACGACGCUUGAAAAACGGCAUAUUGCAAUGCAGCACCUUGUCCCCAAACAAAUCCGUGUCAACGGACUCUCGGAAGAUCAGGUCAGCUUCGACAAGGAAGUGGUGUCAAAAAUCAUCGAGUCAUACACCCGUGAGUCAGGGGUUCGCAACCUGGAGCGCGAAAUUGGCUCUGUCUGCCGUGCCAAGGCAGUCGAGUUCGCCGAAGCCAAGGACGGGGGACAGCUCGAGACAUACAGGUCGCACCUGACGGUCGACGACAUUGAAGAGAUUCUCGGAAGCGAGAGAUUCGAGGAAGAAAUUGCCGAAAAGACCAGCCGACCAGGUAUCGUGACCGGCCUCGUAGCGUACAGCUCAGGCGGUAACGGUAGUAUCCUAUUUAUUGAGGUUGCAGACAUGCCUGGUAACGGCAGUGUGCAACUUACCGGUAAGCUGGGAGACGUCCUCAAAGAGAGCGUCGAGGUUGCUCUGUCGUGGGUGAAGGCUCAUGCCUAUGAACUGGGCCUGACGGCGGAGCCUACAACCAAUAUCAUGAAGGAACGUAGCAUUCACGUCCACUGCCCAUCCGGCUCAAUCCCCAAGGAUGGUCCCAGCAGUGGUAUCGCGCAAGCGAUCGCCCUCAUUUCGCUGUUUUCUGGAAAGAAUGUUCCGCCGACCAUGGCCAUGACCGGUGAAAUAUCCUUGCGCGGUCGUGUGACUGCAGUCGGAGGCAUCAAGGAGAAGCUCAUCGGCGCCCUCCGAGCGGGUGUCAAGACGGUGCUACUUCCCGCGCAGAAUCGGAAAGACGUAAAAGAUCUCCCACAGGAGGUCAAGGACGGUCUGGAGAUUCUUCAUGUCAGUCACAUUUGGGAAGCCAUCCGGCUCGUCUGGCCUGAUUCUCAAUGGCCCGGAGCCGAACCCUAUCCCCCUAUCGAAAGUCGCUUGUAA